GCAACAAAUUUAUUCAUUCGUUAUUUCAACGCGAAUAGCUUUAAAAACCAUCAAAUCAAAAAAAUUUAAAUUAUUUAAUUUAGUCUUAAGUUGAUCCAAAAAUGGUGACUUCAUGUGAAAUUAAGUUUGACAACAAUCCAAAUGGAACUUACUUAUCAGGACAGAUGAUAACAGGCAAAGUUAUCUUAAAUUUGUCCGAAAAGAAAAAAGUUCGAUCAGUCUAUUUGAAAAUUGAGGGCUAUGCAAAAUGCAGCUGGACUGUCACAAAAGGUCGUGGAAAUGGUCGGCGUUCAAUUACAUAUAAAGGUCGUGAAGAUUAUUUGAAUCAAGUGACAUAUUUACUAGGAACUGAAUCGGGACCGAAUUUAGACUUAGCUGCUGGAAUCACAACGUAUUCAUUUGCAUGUAUGCUGCCUGAAAGUUUACCGUCAUCGUUUGAAGGAAAAUAUGGACAUAUAAGAUAUAGCUGUAAAGCAGUACUUGAUCGUCCGUUAAAAACUGAUAAGGAAUUCAGGCUACCAUUUAGUGUCAUUAAAUCAGAAGAUUUAAAUGCUAUUCCAUCAUUGACGAUUCCAACAAAGAGUGAAAUUAUCCGACAUUUUUAUUGUUGUUGCUUUAAGUCUAAGCCAUUUUAUAUGUCUGCAGCUAUUCCAUUUUCUGGAUAUGUACCAGGACAAAAAGUCGAUUUAAUAAUCUUUAUGAAUAAUCAAUCAAAUGUUGAUGUUGAAGGAACUAAGGUGACAUUAGAGAGAAGUACACAAUAUAUAAGUCAAAAUCCAAGGAAGAAAAUCAGAAGUGAAUUGUUAGCAGUAAAAGAAGUUUAUGGAACUGGAAUGAUCAAAUCUGGAUCUGGAGAAGUUAGAAUAUCCCUAGAAAUUCCACCAUUAUCACCAACAAAUAUUAAUUAUAGUCGUAUCAUUACGACAUGCUAUCAACUUCGUGUAGUCGCAAAAGUUAACGGUGCUCACAAGAAUCCAUAUUUGAACAUUCCAAUUAAAAUCGGCACUAAUCCAUUAUUAGCAUCAUUGCCUAUACCCCAAUAUAAUACAUUAUUUGAUGCCUCAUUCAGUUCACAGCCUUCAGCACCGUCAAUAAGCCAUCCAAUGGAUUUACCACCACCAUCUUAUGAAGAAGCCACACAAAUUGUACCGGAAAUGUCUGUCGAUGACGCGAAUAUCAGCAUUUUUAAUCCACGUUAUCCAGUCUGGAAUUUCUCAUCGCAAAUGCCCACGGCUCCGAUAUAUCCAGCCAUUUCGCCAAUUAAAGUGCCACUCAAUUAAGUAUUCUUAAAUAUAAUAAAAAUUUGUAAGGAAUGGCAUCUAAUGGUUUUGUUGCUAAGCGCAUUUCAUUAGUACGAAGAAGCUAGUCAUGAUUUUGGUGAUUAUUGGAAGAUUAAAACAGACUUGCGUCAUUUCGAAUGUUUGCAGUUAUGUAAAAUUUUGAAAUUUCAAAAUUUAUUUUCCGUUAAAGCAUAAAAC